AAUCAUCAGGGUGCUAAAGUGCAACAUCUAGCAGAAAAGUUUCUAUGUAAAACCAGGAUCAUUUCUCUCAAAAGAUAUUUGAAUAUAUUGCUGAAAGUUCAAGGGAAACAAAAUGGGGAAAGUGAACGUCUGUGUGAAAGGAAGUUACAUUGUUGUGGUGACUUUGAUGGGGAUUAUCAGUGCCCUGCUGUUGGCAAUCACUCUGUUUACUCAUGGAUAUUUCUACGGAGAAGAAGAGAUAGAACACAUGCUUGCAGGUAUGCAUUUUAUGUACGCUAUUUCCAUCAUAACCCUGCUCUUGUCCAUCACUGGUGUGUAUGGCGCCUGCAAGGAGAAGAAAUGGGCACUUAUUGUGUUUGCAGUUGGAUUGAUCCCGUGUACUCUGUUCAUGUUUGAUUUGGAGAGGCGAGAACUGGGUUUGCGGCCAAAGGUAGCUGAGAAUAUUAACGGGCAAUACCUGAAAAUACUGCCGCUGAGUAAUGCCAGUGGGCAUGAUAUAGAGAGCCUCAACUAUAUACAGAUGGAAUUCCAUUGUUGUGGACUGGAUCAAGGCUAUCAGGACUGGGGCUACAACAUCUCAGAAUCCUGCUUGUGCAUUGGAGACUCCAAAAAUCCAUGCGUGGCAGCCCCCGAGAACAGUAGUCUGUUUGAGCAUUAUGAGCAUGACCAUGACAUCAUGAUUUAUAAAGAGCCAUGCCUUCCAAUCAUUAUCUCACAUGCCUUGUUGGCCAUAAACUUGGCAAUAGGUAUAAAGUUUGGACUCACAUUAAUCUGGACGUUUUCAAUCGUGCUCUGUAUUAUCAUCCUGUGCCAGCUAAGACGGAAGAAUGAUAAAGAUUCCCCCACAGUGAUCUACAGCCCAGAGGCAAAAACUGGCAACUACACCAUCCUCACAGAGACUGCAGAGUACAGCUGAUUUCUGUAUUUUUGGCUGCUCUUCAUUGUGGCGAAGGUCACCAUGUCUAAAAAAGUUAAAGCUGCCACUCCACUCAAAAAUGUGUUUCAUUUAUUGUUGUCCCCCUUGGAUGUUUGACCAUCAGUGCAGAGUUUGACAAUAACUGGUGGGCCUUAAAUCUGAAUUUGAUACAUGAAUGUAUGAGUAUGAUAUGGUGACAUCACAACUAGUUUUGGAAAACAAUCGUAGUCCAGUUUGCAACGUCCACAAGUGUGAUGUGGAAACUUGAAACCUCCAGUGCUGAGAAUGGACUUUUGUGUCAAGACGAUUGAUUAUGAUUUUUCAGUAAGGACAAAGGAGUACCUUAAAUAAUGUUCAACAAGAUAACUGUUAGGGUUUUUACAGUAUGUCUCUUUACUGUUUAUCUCAUAAAUAGUUCAUGCUGCCUCCAACAAUAAAAACUUGACUGCAUUUUAAUUUUUCCUUAAAUUGUACUUAGAUUCCUUAUAUUAUUUCAGUCAUGAACAUCUUUUGUCAUCCCUGCAAAUACUAUACUAUUUCUUAUCUUAUAAUGGAAAAUUUUGGGCUAUGCAAAUUACCAAAGAUUAUUUCCUUUGCUUUGUGAUAAUCAAAGAAGAUGGUGAAAAACUAAGUUAUACAAGGUGCAUAUUAAAUCUUAGACCAGUUAAGGAAUAAUAUAUAAUUAUGUCAAUUACAUGAAUGUUAAUUAACCUUCACCCUCCUACUGCCUCAAAGAAGUGUGAAACAAUAAUGUCAAAACUGUCAUCUCCACUAUCUUCAACAGAUAUCAAAAAGCUCAAAUAAA